AAUGUGGAAAAUAUGACGCCAUCACCCGCCCCGCGGUGACGUCACCGCGGCGGGGGGCGCGGAUUGGCUGCGGGGUCCCGGCCCGGGGGGGGGCUUCGCGCCCUCCACCGACUUUUAAAAGUGGCGCCGGGACGAGACCGAGACCCGGGAGGAGCCGGACACCGGGACCGGAGCGAACCGGGACCGACCAGACCCCGCCGGGACCGACCCGAACCGGGACCGACCAGACCCCACCGGGACCGACCCGACCCCGCCGGGACCGAACCGGGACCGACCAGACCCCGCCGGGACCGACCCGAACCGGGACCGACCCGACCCCGCCGGGACCGAACCGGGACCGACCAGACCCCACCGGGACCGAUACCACCGGGACCGACCCGACCCGUACCAAUCCGCCUCGACGGGACCAACCUGAGCGGGUCCUCCCCGCCCCAAACCGGGAUAAACCGGGACCGAGACGACCCGAACGGCCCCAAACCUCGGCGGGACCCCCCCUUCCCCGUCCCCUCCCGAUGUCGAACGCUCACUUCAACCGCGGGCCGGCCUACGGGCUGUCGGCCGAGGUGAAGAACAAGCUGGCGCAGAAGUACGACCCGCAGCGGGAGCGGGAGCUCCGCGCCUGGAUCGAGGCCACCACCGGCCGCCGCAUCGGGGACAACUUCAUGGACGGCCUCAAGGACGGGGUCAUCCUCUGCGAGCUCAUCAACAAGCUCCAACCCGGCUCCGUGCAGAAGGUGAAUGAACCCGUCCAGAACUGGCACAAGCUGGAGAACAUUGGGAACUUCCUGAGGGCCAUCACGCGCUAUGGGGUGAAGCCCCACGACAUCUUCGAGGCCAACGACCUCUUUGAGAACACCAACCACACGCAGGUCCAGUCCACCCUCAUCGCCCUGGCCAGCCAGGCCAAGACGUUGGGGAACAACGUGGGGCUGGGGGUGAAAUACGCCGAGAAGCAGCAGCGGCGCUUCCAGCCCCAGAAGCUGCGCGAGGGGCAGAGCAUCAUCGGGCUGCAGAUGGGCACCAACAAGUUUGCGAGCCAGCAGGGCAUGACGGCCUACGGGACCCGGCGCCACCUCUACGACCCCAAACUGGGCACGGACCAGCCCCUGGACCAGGCCACCAUCAGCCUCCAGAUGGGCACCAACAAGGGCGCCAGCCAGGCGGGAAUGACGGCGCCGGGCACGAAGCGGCAGAUCCUGGCGCCGGCGCUGGGCAUGGAGCGCUGCGACGCGCUCACCAUCGGCCUGCAGAUGGGCAGCAACAAGGGCGCGUCGCAGAGCGGCAUGACCGUGUACGGGCUGCCCCGGCAGGUCUGCGACCCCAAGUACUGCCCCGGCCUCCUCGACGGCCUCGACGGCCCCAACCACCACCCCUGAGCGGCGGCACCGCAGCGCAGCCCCAACGG